GAGAGCGGCCGCGUUGCACCCUCUCCCGGCCCCCCUAGGGUAGGCGAGGACCGGGGCGGACUCGGGUCAGCGGUGCCGCCUCCCGCGCAGCCCUGCCCGAGGCACCGCUGCCUGCGCCGCGGCGUAGACUCGGCGACGCAAGAUGGGGAGGAAGCUGGAUCUUUCCAAGCUGACUGACGAAGAGGCCAAGCAUGUCUGGGAAGUCGUUCAGCGGGACUUUGACCUGCGGAAGAAAGAGGAAGAGCGGUUGGAGGAGCUGAAAUGCAAGAUCGACAAGGCGAGCGGCAAGAGGGAGUUCCUGACGAGUCAGUCCCACCUAAACGAAACCCACUGCGUCCACUGCCUCCAGCCCUUCAAGUUCCUGCUGAACAGCAAGCGCCAGUGCCUGGACUGCCGCUUCUACACCUGCAAGAACUGCAGCCGCUACAACAAAAAGGAGCAGGGCUGGGUCUGCGAUCCCUGCCGCCUGUCCAGGAUUGUGAAGAUCGGGUCCCUCGAGUGGUACUACGAGCACGUGCGGUCCCGCUUCAAGCGUUUCGGAAGUGCCAAAGUGCUGCAGUCGCUCUACGGCAGGUUGCAGCCAGGUCUUCAUGACAGAGUUUACAGCCUGCCAGACAUUAACAGUGAAUGCCAGCUCCCCACCAGCGGUGGGACUGGAGAUGACAGUGACAACGAAGAUGAUGUCCUUCGUGGAGCCGAAGCAGAGUGCUACAGCAGGAUGCGCAAGACAAAGCGCCUCCUGUCUGUUCAUCCCUUUGAUUUUGAGCUGGACUCAGACUACUCUGCUCAAUCUCGCCGCCAGUCUGUGCAGCUUUCUCCAGCGGCCCUCAGCCCAGAUGGCUUCCAGGCCUUCCCAGAUUUCCCUGACUCCACUGAAGAUGCCCCCCAGAAGGAAUCCGUGAUCGCAGAGGCAGAUCUGGCAGCGGUCUUCCACCACAUCUUGCAGGAGCAGGGACAGCACAUGAGCCCUCCGGAGCAGGAGUUCAGCACAGAGGUUCGGCUCACAGUCAACUCACAGAGAAGGAGCCUGGAAAGAAAUGCAAAACCUGGCAGCCCAUGGAGUGAGCAGCCUCGGUCCCCGUACUCUGCGGAUAUGGACACCUCUGACGAGGAUGCAAAAGGUCCCCAGAAGUUCACUAGCUACGCAUCCCAUUACGUGAAACGCCGGAACAGAGCCUCCUCCCAGGAAAACGUCAGCCACUCUGGAAAUCAGAUUCAUGAGCUCAACAAACGCAUGUCCGCAAUCGAACAUAUGCUGAACCGCUUGGAGGAAAAAAUCCUGGUGCGCUCUGACAAGUCUCCAGCCCCAGAGUCCCAACCUGAUCCUGAUGCUGAGGAGGAGGAGUUGAAGAGGAAGCUGGAGGACUUAACCAGCAACAUCAGCGACAAAGGAGUCUCUUCUGAAGAAGAGGAGCGUGAGGAAAAGAAGGAGGGAGCAAAGAAACCAGAGACGAGUUUCUCCAGUGAUGAUGUGGCCAACGAGGCUCAGAAGGUGUACCUGGCUGCUGGAAAGACAUACCAGCUUGAGAAGACCCUGGAAGAGCUUGAGGAAGGGGCUCAGCAUGGCGGCACCACUGACUCGGAGCUGUCAGAGCUGGAGGACAGAGUGGCCUCAGCAGCUGCUCAGGUGCAGCAGGCAGAGAGCGAGGUAUCGGACAUUGAAUCUCGAAUCGCGGCCCUGACAGCUGCAGGGCUGACAGUGAAGUCAGUAGAGAAGGCAAGGAAGAAAUCGAGCAUGCAGGGCUUUCGCCUCCCAUCUCCCAGGCCUGCCAGCAGCAGUCCAGGGGAGCAGAGUGCAGAGUCUGCGGAUGACAUUAAAGCGAUGUCGGGACCCCAGGUGAUCAGGAAGAAGUUCAACAGGUCUCUUGAAGUCACAGGCAGUGAUGAUUCCUUUGACCGCAACUCCAUAUACCGCGGCUCUUUGACACAGCGAAACCCUAACGGGAAGAACAGGAGAGUGGAGCGCCUCUUUGCGAAGCCUGUGAUGACCCACCUGCCGUGAGGAAAGGGGGCCUCUCCUACUGCUGCGUUUCACCGACGAUACAAGGCCUCAGCGCAAAGCAUCACCUUCUUUCCCUCACCGCUUGCUCUUCCUUCUCCCGCUCCCCGCUCUACCUGAAACCCCAGACGGGAGGGAAGCAGGAGGCCUGGCCAAUGGGUCUUGCUGGGAGCUGCUGGGGAGAGCAGCAAGGCACUGGGGUUGGGCCGCAAGGUCAGGUCACCUCAUGGGAGCGUGUGUGCAGGAAUUUUUGGCGUUGGGCAUCUCACAUGCAGGAAUUUUUGGCUUUGGGCAUCUCUGUACAGUAACAGGCCAACUGUGGGGACCAGGGUGGGUCUUACUGCACCCCCCCUCUUUGGCCUUGAGUCACCAGCAGGGAGAUACAAUUCGGCUGUUCUGCUGGCACUUUCAAUGGUGACCGUUGGUGGUGACGCAGGGAUGAAGGGUCCUCUAGCAGAGCAGGACCCUGGGUGUCCCAGGCCUGGAUUCUCAUCCCAGCUCGGCUCCGACUCCCUGCAUUGCCCCUUGGAGAGUCACUUCCCUCCUCUGAGCUGUGAAACAGCACUGGCGAGUCCCCAGGAAGCACUUUGCCAGCCGAUGUUUGCACAAAAUCCUGUAUGUGUACACUGAGGCUUCUUGCUGUUGCACCUGAAGCAGCUGGGACAACCUGGGGACCUAAGUGAGGCAAGGCUGGCAGGAAGAGGUGGCAGCUUUUCUAGACCGACUUCAAGAAAAGCUCAAGGACUUGUUGGGGGUCCGUCGUUUUUUUUCAGCUCUUGUAAGGUGUCCCCGCUGCCUAGGUUAUAUUAGCAAGCUUAAAAGCGAUUCAGCAAGCAGAGUGUAGGUGCUCCUUGCAAAGUAACUUUGGGUACAGUUGAGCUUGCUCUCCGGCUGCCCCGGGAGGUUCCCACAAGGACAGGGCCAUGCUGGGACAGCAUAGGGCUAAGUCAGUUUUCGGGUGACGAGUUCAAGCCACCACUAUCGUGCCUCUGCAGUUAGAAACUGUCUGAGGUCCAGGGCUGCUGCCCGCAGCAUAGCUCACCGCCGGGCUGGCCUUGGGUGCUGGGAUGUCAGGGGAGGUCCUUGGCCGGUGUAAGGGACCUCCAGGAAGGUUUGGGGAACCUCUGGGUGUUUGCUCCAGCUGAGAGCCUGGCCUGGCCUUUUGGUAUUACAAUACACUUCAACCUCCACCCUGGACCCACCUCUUGCUCUAGCUGGUUUCAUCCGUAGCUCUAGUCCUUUUACACAGCAUGUCCGACUCUCCCCCCCCACCCCACAGAGAAGUUCUUGCGAUGAACCGCGGCGACGUAAAAUGAGGCAUCGCCCAGGCUGUAGUUACCCACAGUUAUUUGCCUGCUUCCUGCCUCUUCUGCUGGUGUAGAAAUUAAAUAUACCUAUUCUGAAUCAUGCAAUAAAGCCAG